GAGGCGGGCGGGCCGAAGCGCGGGGCGGCGCAGGCGCGGGCGCGGGCGGGAGGCCGCGUGUGUCACGGCAUAUUCAGUGAAGUCAAGUCUUUGAAGAAGUAGUAGCAUUAUUAUCUGCACUGCUCAGUGUCUACAGUGUCCUGGCAAUCACUGAUGGCCCUGCUGAAGCUGUGGAUAAAAGCAUAACCUCAGCAAAUACAGUUUUCAGUGUCCUGUGGAGUGUGGAGAAGAUUUUGUCAGGACCUGCAGCAAAACAACACAAAAAGAAGCACCUUCAGAACAAAGAUGAAUAUCGGAAAAGCUGACAGUGCUGUUAACGUCAGCAAUGGAACAGAUCUAGCUAUUGGCUUUACUUCUUCCACCGUAGCUGUCCUUCUGUUUGGGACAAACUUUGUGCCUGUCAAGAAAUUUGAUACUGGUGAUGGCAUGUUCUUCCAGUGGAUUCUCUGUGCCUCCAUAUGGAUAGUUUCUUUGGUGGUCAAUUUGAUCCAGAAUUGCCCCCGUUUUUGGCCUCUGGCUAUGGUUGGAGGUUUUGUGUGGGCUACAGGCAAUGUUACAGUUGUCCCUAUUGUUAAAACUAUUGGCUUAGCACUUGGUCUUUUGAUAUGGGCUUCUUUCAAUUUGCUGACUGGUUGGGCAAGUUCAAGAUUUGGUUGGUUUGGAAUUGACCCAGAAGAGGUAUCAAGACCAAUCUUAAAUUAUAUUGGAGCUGGACUUUCACUUGUAAGUGCUGUCAUAUUUCUUUUUAUAAAAACUGAAGUCCAGAGUUCUUCAGCUUCAUUAGAAAGCACACCUUUACUGAGAGAAAGUUCUAUUAAUGUUUCUGAAGACACCACAGAAGACUCGUGGGUGAACAAACUUUCUCCGGCAAAAAGGAGACUCAUAGGCUGUAGCCUGGCUGUAGUAGCGGGAAUACUCUACGGUUCCAGUUUUGUACCAGUCCUUUACAUCAAGGACCAUGGAAGGAGAAAUGAAACUGUAUACACAGGAGCAAGUCAGUUUGAUUUAGAUUAUGUUUUUGCACAUUUCAGUGGAAUAUUUCUUACAAGUACCAUCUACUUUUUGAUCUACUGUGCAGUCAGGAAAAAUAAACCUUACAUUUAUCCCCAAGCAAUAUUGCCAGGGUUUGUUUCUGGUGUGCUUUGGGCAAUAGCCAAUUGCUGCUGGUUCCUGGCCAAUCACUAUCUCAGUGCUGUCGUCAGCUUUCCAAUAAUUACUGCAGGUCCUGGCCUUGUUGCUGCAAUGUGGGGAGUCCUUGUAUUUAAGGAAAUCAAGGGACUGAAAAACUACGUGUUACUGUCAAUAUCGUUUUGCAUCAUCUUGGCUGGAUCGCUUUCCACAGCUUUUUCUAAAGUUUGAAAGGACCUUCUGGGCCAGUAGAUGGUGCUAGCGUUUAGCACAACUAGACAGUGUUGGUAGCUCACAAUACAUAGUCAGUUUCAAAAUGUAUGUCCAGCAUUUACCCUAACUUGCUUCAGCCAAAUGGAAAAUGAAAACAUUUGGCACGAAAGAAAAUCUGGAAAUACUUGUUUCUGUUUUUCUUGGAACAGUAAGAAAAUGAAAGGACUUUUUAAUCAAAGCUAAAUGAUUUUAUUGUUACUAAUUAUUAGUUAUUUUCAUUCAGGUGCUAAAAUUUGUCAUCAUAAAUUGCAGUUUACUCUUGUGAUGGUGGAUAGUGAUUUUAAUUUUAGUCUAUAAUACUGUAUGUGUUUGCAAGCUGAUUUGUUUAUUAAAACAUUUUCUUACUGACAAAUAUAUGUCUUGAAAUAUUCCUCAUGAAACCGAUACACAUGAAGAUAUCAAAACUUUUAUUUAGAAGCAUUAUUCUUAAAAAUCAUUAGCUUACAUAAAAAUGUUACCUUCAGUCACUUCAGACUUGUGAAAGAAAUAAAGUUAAAAGGGUGCUGGAAAAUAAAUUACUUCAGUUUCACAACAAUUUCUGUAA